AUACAAAGAAUUUGAAAAGAAAGCCAAAGUAGCAAGGAAAAGACAGAAUCUGAUAGGAGUUGUGGCACUCAAAGCUCCACUCGUCUCUCUUUCCCCAUCAAAAUUCCACCACAAAAAGCCCAAACUCCUCCUGAUUUUUCUUUCCAAAUUUAUUCAAAUUAAUUUCAAUUGAUUUCCGAAGGGUAUUUAUAUCUUCAGCUAAUUCAAGCUAAGUGCUUUCUUACUUCUCAAAUGAAAUUGAUUGACAAAUCUUCACGUACAAACCCAGCAGAUGGAAGGCAAUCAUAAUUCUAUCCAAAAGGUCUUUAUUUAUUUGAAGGACUACUACAAAGUUUUGGAGGUUGAUUAUGAUGCAACUGAAGAAAAUAUCAGAUUAAAUUACCUAAGGCUUGCACUGAAAUGGCAUCCUGAUAAGCACAAGGGUGACAGUGCUGCUACUGAAAAGUUCCAAGAGAUCAAUGCGGCUUACAAAGUUUUGAGUGAUCCUGCUAAACGACUUGACUAUGAUCUAACUGGAAUCUAUGAGAUUGAUAAGUAUACUUUGCGGGAAUAUCUUGCCAGAUUUAAAGGAAUGAUACUUACCUGCAAUGGGCUUGGUAUCAGUCAUUUGCCAAUAUGGACACAACAACUGACAGAAACCAAUGAGUUAAGUGAUAAAUAAGGUUUGGACUUGCUAUACAUUUUUUCAAAUUUUACAUUGUCUUCUGAAUUAAUUCUUGUGACACACUGGUAUAAGUGUCUGAUAGUUCUAUCCAUGUUGUUACAGAGCUACAAUAUUAAAGAAAAGCUAAAUAGAGUCAUCAAUAUUCACAUCGGUUUUUAUAUGUACUUGAAAAUGAAUCUGAUCCAGUUUGUAAUGUUAGAUCGUUGUGGAUCACAAUGAAUGGUGUAAAUGAUUCUCGAUUAAAAGGCUGGUUCUAUUGGAUGUGAGAUGCGAUGGUCGUGACUA